AAAUCCCCAUGACCAUCCACACGGAUGUCAUUCAAGGCAAAUCAGCUCCUCUCGAUGCCCUGAUGACUAAUGGCCACAUGAAAAAAUCGAUUGAUCGAGUUGCAGUACUUGAUGAUAUCGAUCUCGGGAUCUUUGCAAGGUUCUGUGAAUACUUGUACGUUGGCAGAUACACGACGCCUGAUGUCUUGAGCAGUGGGAAGGGCUGGAAUGAAAAUGGCGAGCGACAAAGGGACGACGAGGUAAGAACAGUCUCUCCUCUCGAAUACUCGUCUGAUUUGUGAAUAUAGGACACGCUGCCAACUGGGGCCUUGGCUAUCCCCGGCAAUUGGGAGCAUGAUGCCAGAGAGUCUAUUAAGACGGUGCUAUAUUGCCAAUUCGCUUCAUUGAAGUUCAGCGGUGAUCCAGCAAUCGCCUCUUCAUACCCUGACAUUCUUUUCCAUGCCCAAUUGUAUGUCCUUGCAACGAGAUAUCGAGACUUGAAUCUCCGAAUUGGUGUACACGGUUGACGCUGUCUAUUCUAUCGAGGGUAUCUGUACAAUCAUAAAUCAUCCCAAUCACAAAAAACCUACUCCCUCUUCUCCACAUGCUCCAAAAACCCCUGCGAAAACCUCACCACCUGCUGAUAAACCUCCUCAAACCCAUUCGUCCCCCCAUAAUACGGAUCCUGCACAACCUCACCCCCACCGACACGCUCA